AUGUCGAACCAGCCAAAGUUUAAUUAUGCGGCUGCAGCCAAAGCUAAACAGCAACAACGAGAGAUGGGGCAGUUUGAGAAGCAGCCACCGACGCAGCCGAGAUCUACGCAGACGACGCAGGCAGCUCCACAGCCCAACCAGCCCACGCAGUCCCAAGAGGCUGUGGACAAUAAGAGCUCACAACCAGCUCCAUCGCAGCCAAAAGCUGCCGGAGAAGGAAAAUCUAAGCCAAAGAAGGAAUUUAAUCCCCACGCCUUCUUUACUGGCGGCGGCGGGGCUCAGCAGCAGCAGCAGCAGCAGCAGCAACCACAGCAAACACCACAGCAGCAUCCACCCCCACAACACCCAGCUGCUCAAUCAAAGCCUUCUCAAAACGGUGGCAGCCACCGUAACUCGGCCGAUAGCCUCAGGUUGAACGCACAGCCCUUUAAUCCACAGCAACAGAGCUAUAGACCACCUCAGCCUUUCCAGCCACGCAAUGUUGGUAAACCUCCCCAGAACCAGCGCAGUCCUCAGCCACACCACCAGCAGCUCAAUCCACAACCCUACUUCCAGCCUGCUUACGGCACUGGCUACUACGAUCCAAGCAUGCAGGGCUACUACGUUGCUCCAGUGCAACCCACUGGCUGGGCUCAAUACCCACAGCACCCCCAACACCCUCCACAGCACCCACCCCAACAUCCUCCUCCACAGCACUUGCCACCAACCAGUCCUUCUGCUCCUCAAGUCUCUCUGCCUGGUUCUACUGGCUCUAGGAAUGGUCCUUCCCCCCCAACCAUUCCAGCGACUCCACGUGCUCCCUCCUCCACCACCUCUCCAAGGCCUCCUUUCACUCCUUCAGCCAACGCUCCAAUCUUCUCCCCUCCACAAUCUGCCACCUCCCCUCCACCAGGCUCCUCUAUGUCUCCUUCUGCUGCUCCUUUCGCCAUGCCGCAGAGGAAGAGCGCUGCUAUAAAGAUUUCUAAUGCUCAAGGUGAAAAAAUUGACCUGAGCAACUUCAAGCACCAGCGCCAGAGCUCGUCUAUUCCUUCGAUAGCUUCAGUUGAGGCUGCUGCCCCUGAGCCCUCAGCUUACGUAAAGCCUCCUCCACGCACUGCUAUCAGACUCGAGUCUGAAGAAGCCAAAGCUAAGCGUUUGGCUGACGAGGCCAACCUUGAUGCUGAGAGGAAGAAGGAUGACGAGAAGAAGAUUGCCGAUGAGAAGAAGAAGCUUGAUGAUGAGAAAAAGAAGCUCGAUGACGAGAAAAAGAAGCUCGAAGAUGACAAGAAGGCUGCCGAAGAGCAAGCUAAGAAGAUAGAAGACGAAAAGAAGGCCACUGAGGCUGCCCAAGCUGCUGAAAAGAAGAUGCAGGAAGAGAAAAUUAAAGCUGAUGAAGCUGCAAAGGCUAAAGCUGCAACUGAAGAAAAGAGCAAGGCAGAUGAAGCCGCUACAAAGCCAUCACUCAAGGAGGCUAACACUGAAAAGCUCUCCAAGGAGCAAGUCAACAUGCUUGCCGAAGAAAAGAUGGCUACUGAAGGUAGCACUCCAGCCACCUCCCUCGAUCACGCCAAAAAAGACUUCCCUAAGGAAGAACAACAGAAAGAACUCAUCUCCAAGAUUGCCCCUGCCACAGAAUCUGUAUCAACCCCUGCUGUCGAGAGCGACAAGCAAUUACCAAAAACUGAUACCUCUCCAGCUCAGGAUGACCAACCACAAGCAGAAUCCUCUCAAAAACCUUCACAAGCACUUGGCUCUGCUAGGAGAAUAGACGACCUCAACAAGGUUUCCUACCCUGGCGAUAUCAAGUCUCCAAAUGCAGAGCUUAACAAGCAAGCACGUCCUGGAAAAUUCCGCUACGACAGGGACUUCUUGAUGCAAUUCAUGUCUGUGUUUACAGACAAGCCAGCUAGUAUGCCAUCACUUGAUGCGAUUGGUUUGGAACCUGACCAAGGUAUGGGAUUCGGUGGAAGAUCUUCAUCAGGCAGACAAGGCAGCAGAGGUGGUAUGGGACGCUCAUCAGGAUUCGGAAAGCAAGGAGGAUUUGGUCAAUUCUCUGAUGUUUCAUCCAGAGGUACUUCUUCCGCUGAGCGUUUCGCUAGAUCACAGGCAGCUGGUGCAUUUGCUGGUCAGCCAAUGUCAAGAACUAAUUCAUCUCACCGUGGUAUGGCCAGGGAGGCCUCUGGCGGUGGUAGGAAUAGAUCGCAGCGUGGCAAGCAACGUGAUGGCAGAGGUGGUCAGUCAUCUACACCACUUGCCGAUGCCCUCGGUUCAGUAGCACCACUUGAGAAGAGUGAAAAUGCAUGGACACCUCAAGCUAUCAAGAACAGAUCACAAGGUGUCAGACCAGGCCUCAACGUUGAUGAGAAUGACCCAGCCUUUAUUGAAAAGAAGGUUAAGGGUUUGCUCAACAAGCUUACAAUUGAGAAGUUUGAUUCAAUCUCUAACCAAUUGAUUGCAUACGCCAACAAGUCCGAGACGGAAGAUGACGGUAGGACGCUUAGACUGGUUAUUAGAUUGGUCUUUGAAAAAGCAACUGAUGAGGCUGUGUGGUCUGAGAUGUACGCCAGACUCUGUCGCAAGAUGUACGAUCAGUUGUCGGAGCAUAUCUCAGAUAAGGAUCAGCCAAGUACAACGACAGGUGGUCGCUUAUUCAGAAAGUACUUGUUGACGAGAUGUCAAGAAGACUUUGAGAAGGGCUGGUCAGACAAGGAGGCAGCAUCUAAAGCAGCUGCUGAGAAGAUGGCUGAGGACCACGCUAAACUUCAAGCUAACGAGGAAGCCGAGGCUGAUGUUGCCAAGGGUGGACAACCAAAGGCUGAUGCUCAAACACUCUCUGAUGAAUACUACGCUGCUCAGAAGGCCAAGCGUAGAGGUUUGGGAUUGAUUAGAUUCAUUGGUGAACUCUUCAAGCUCACACUGCUCACAUCAAAGGUCAUGCAUCUUUGUAUUAUGCAGCUCUUGACUAGGCAAGGUGAAGACGUUGAAGAAGAUGAUAUUGAAUCGCUCGCCAAGUUGAUGACGACAGUUGGUGGGUUGUUAGAAACGCCAGAAGCAAAGAAGAAUAUGGAUGCGUACUUCUCACGUAUGGAGGGUAUUGUAGAAAAUCAAAACACAUCAUCAAGAUUGCGCUUCAUGUUGAUCGACGUGAUAGAAUUGCGCACACACAACUGGAUAACCAGACAUAAGGACGCUGGACCAAAGUCUAUUGCGCAGAUCCACAAGGAUGCCGCGAACCAGAGAGCGCAAUCUGCAGCCGAUGCCAACAUUGCACUGAGCAGAGGCACAUCGAACCGUGGACCAGUGAGACAAGAGAGCUCGCGCGGGCCAUCGAGGAGAGGUCAACCAAGAGGACCACCAGUGCAAGAGGAGAAGGGAGGAGGAGAUGGAUGGAACACGAUCGGCAGUGGUGCUGCUGCUGGUGGUGGUAGUGGUGGACAGAAGGCAUCACAACCAUCGGGAAACCUCAGCCAAUUUGGACAAUUCUCCUCAAAGGGUGGAGCUGCGGGCGCUGGUACUGGUACUGGUGCCGGUGCUAGCGGACAACAAUCACAACAGCAACCAUCGCAGUUCGGUCCUACUAGCGUUUUUACUAAGAAGGGCGGUAGAGGACAAGGAGGAUCUGGUGGAGCGUCUCCUUCUGGAUUGGCCUCGCCUAUGCUUUCUGAGGGCAAGUCACCUGCUGUGAGCAGAACAAACAGUAGUGGUAACAUGUUCAGUCUGCUUGAAGCUCAAGACCAGGCUCAGAAUGAAGAGCAGCCGCAGAGGAAGAAGCUCAACUUGCUUCCACGUUCAGCAACGAAGGGCGAUGUUGAGGAGGAGCAGGAUGAAACCCCAGCUUCAGCAUCAGGAGGCAAGGAUGAAAUUAGUGAUGAUAAAGCCAAGCAGAUGGUUAAGACAAUGAUCGAGGAGUUCUACUCGCUCAAGAAAGUGUCAGAAGGAUUAGAGUCAUUUAAGGAGCUCCCUAAUGAACACAAACCAAAGCUGAUCGAGCAGCUUAUUGAUCGGUCGUUGAAUGGGAAGAAGGAGACAGUUGAGCUCACGGCAGAGUUGAUUGCGGCGGCAGUCGAUGAUAAGUUGGUCGAACAAACUCAAUUAGAAAGCGAAAUCGGAAACAUGAUGGAGUUUAUUGAAGAUAUCGCAAUCGAUGUGCCAAACGCAUACGAGUUCAUGGGUUGUCUCAUCAAAGCGUCCAAGUUUGACGAAAAGACUACCGACAGAGUACUUGGAAAGAGUGGUUCUGAUGGAGCAAGCGAGAAGCUGAAAAAGUAUAUUUAA